AUGACAAUCUGCCCGUCACAUCGAUCUUCGUUGGGUAUCGGAUGGCGUAGAGGCUCCCAACGCUGCCGAGUUCCAGGAGAUCUGGCUAGUCAUAAGCAGCCUGGAAGAUCAACUCGUAAGGCAGAUCGUGGGAUCAAUAAAUCAUUGUCGAAAACAAUAUUGCGUCGGACAGGAAUAUUCAUCCCUGCUGGUUCAGGUAUGUUGUAAAUGUAAUAUAAUCACCAGCAAGUUAGAGUUUUAAACCGAGAAGGAGGUUAAUAACUGAUAUAUUGCCCCCAAGGACGCGCAGCGUCCGAGGGCAACAUAUCAGUUAUAAACCGACUUUCGAGGUUUAUAACUAACUUAUAUCACAGUUGUGGAGGUUUCCUAACAUAUUUUGUCAUUUUCAAAAAUUUUCGAUGAAAAAUUCUCGCGUUUUGUCGAAAAGUUUGAUCUAAUUAUUUAUUCAAGGUAGAUUAGCUAUAGUUAUAAACCUUGGACGAUCAAAGAAAACCAACACAAAUGUGAUAUAAACAUAGAUACGCACUCUGUCUAUCCAGUUAAUCAAACCAGCACAGGCUUCCCUGCAGUGACGAUGGGAAUUUUACGCACUUUCACGCCAAAAUAAUAUAAAAUUUUGGUGCAAUGAAAUUGUAGGGCUAAGUAAUCCCUCUGUUCAGGAUUAGUUCGGCGACUCAUUAACCAAAAGUCUUAAAAUUUAAGAUUACAUCAACGUUUCUCUCUUGUCAGGAAUAUGCUGUAGUUGCAGACUUACUAUAACGGCUGAAUCAUCUCCCAUUGCUGGAACCCCAUCAACGAAGGAUGAAGAGACUGAAGGCAUAGCAACCAUCACCAUGGCAAUUGGAAAUAUUUCAUUGGUCAGUAAAUACACAACAACAUGGGCAAUGUCCUGUAAUGCUUUUAUCACUAAGUCAUAUCUAGCCUGCACUUUUAAUAUUUUUCUAGAGGUUUAUAAUGCAGGCAUGCAGCAAGUGUGCACGAGAUCAUAAAACUAGCGAGUAUGUGAGCGAGAUCGUUUUAAAUCAUACGCGUUUUAGCGAUGACAUACAAGGUACAUACUCAUUAUGCCUUUUAUUAUGCCGCGCACACCCCAUCCUCGCCCGCAGACCUUGCGGCCUUGCGCGACUGCUCAUUCUGGAAGUGCACAUUUUCUGCACUACAGGGUUUGCCAAAAAAGUAGACAAAUUGUAAUGUCUAGAAAACUAUAAAUUUAACCGUUAAUUCAAAUUGGAUUUUAUUUUAAACCCCUCAUUCAUGUUUUCACAAGCCGUUCAAAAUGAGGCUUGCACACACCGCUCUCUCUUUUUUCGAGGUUAAAUUUUUUGUUUGUUUUCAGUGUUAGAUUGACCUGAAGAUGCCAAAGUACUUAUACUAACACAAAUCUAUGAGAUAAUUUGAUAAAUUUAUAGUUUUUUACACAUUUCAAAAUUGUCUCCUUUACAUUGCGCAUGCCUCCAAAUGAACAAGUUCUAGAUCUAGGGGUACUAAAUGAAGUAUUCAAAAAAUAUUACAGAGUUACUGACUUGUUUUGUGCUAAAUUGCUCACUAAAAUGAAAAGUUGCACAUUUCACUGAUUAGCACGGUUAUAAUGAAUAGCCAAUCAGAUAUUUUUUGGCCAUCAAUUCCAUAGCCUUAUUUUCCACGAGGAACCGAGUGAGAAAAAAGCUCUGCGGACAAGAAUGCACACACCCAGCAUAAUUUUAGAUCUCGACCUCGUUCCCCGGCUCUUCCGUAAUACACCCUGGGAACAUGUUGUAUAAAAUUCUAAAAUAAAGCGCCUUCUACAUUUUCAAACCACCAGUUAGUCAUGUCUUUGCACAAAUAAAGAACUAAAAUAAAUUGAUAACACGGGCACAUUGGGUUCUUGUACAUAUGUGCAGCUAACUUGUUUUUAAACACCAGUUUAAUAUCGAGUAUAACUUGAUUCGUAGGAUGAAACAAAUUCUACCCUUCAACCACACACCAGUAGCCCAGCAACCCCCUCUAGAAGCCUUUAUUUACCACCAAACAGUGAGUCCUGCAGUGAAAGCAGUUCUUCUGGUAAUAUGAUCACGCAAGAGCAGAAGGACAGCAAAACCCAUAGUGCGCUUAACCAAUAUUUGCAUUCCCGCGACGUCAGCCUGAUCCGUUCAAGAAUGAGCAUGCCGUGGAAUGAUGCGAACGAAAGAACAAAGCGCUAUUACAAUCGUAAAACUGGGCAGGCUGUAAGGGCAGUGGUUAGUGAUAUUGCACCAAAUGAUGCACUGCAAUUGUUCGAGGUAGUGUGCUCAUCCAGUAAAAUGGCGGGGAAUUAUCCAACUUACGAAGAUUUGUCUGGUUGCCAUGGUCUCAAUGAAACGUUAAUGAUGGCCCUUGUGGAAUGCUACAAUGCUGCUGAUUGCUGGGAGACACGACGACAAAUUCUAUCGAUUAUGGCGGAGAAAAUGCCACUCAAACGGUUACAGCACUGGAUACCGAACAUCACCAAAUACAUGUUUACUGAAGCCAAACGUCAUUGUUUGAUCCAGGGUAGAGGGGCGCCAGUACAGAAUAUUACCACAUCUAGACUACGAGUGUCUACCUCACAAAUUGACCAUUUUAUCGACUUUAUUACAAGUUCGCAUAUCACUCAGGACUUGCCUUCUGGAGAAAAGAUAAUCACAUUGUCGACCAAGGAGACCAUAAAAGUACCCAACGUUAUAAGAACGAUGGUUCGAGCUCAAAUAGCGACACAGUAUAUCAAUUACUGUGAACAAUUGGGAUUUAAACCCUUGAGUCACAGCAGUUUGCUUCUAAUUUUGAACGUUUGUGCAGCUUCCUCCCGUAAAUCUCUUCAAGGGCUUGAUUACAUUAGCUCUGCCGGUGCUGAAGCAUUCGAUGACCUUUGUGGUGUUGCCGAGACUCUUGGAGACGUAGGCCAGGGGAUGGGCCAAAGAAAAGCAGAAGCGACUACGAGAAGGCAAGCGUUACCUUAA